CACGACCAGCCGUAAAGCAGUCGUUAAACAUGGCGGCGGCGGUGUGUGAGUUGAGUUUUGGGUUCUGAACUCAGAUAAAGCUGCUUUUCUCCGUCCUGACAUAGUUUCCCGAGGAUUACUGAAGCCGGGGAGCAGCAGGAGGUGCUGGCGGACAGUCAGAGGCAUCGCUGGGCUUCAGGAGAGAGAUGUUUGAUUCAGAGAGGAGGUGACAUUGGGAGUGACACUGAGCUGAGUUAGAUUCGGUUAUAUCUCUGUGUUUUAAACUGGGUUUCUGUAUUUAAUAAAACUCCUGCAGGAGUGAAUGGACGGUCAUGACAUCCCUGCACUUCUGUAGUACGAGGAUGGCUGCCUGGUCACGGCUCGCUUGUCUGGGCUCAUUAAGCCGAACACGUCGGGGUUUGAGCAUCUUCUCCAGCACGUCUCCUUCCAACUGGACCAAAGUGGUUUCAGAUGCUGAGAAGAUCGUGGGAUACCCCACAUCCUUCAUGAGUCUUCGCUGCCUGCUCAGUGAUGAGCUCAGCAAUGUGGCCAUGCAUGUGAGAAAGCUGGUCGGGACAAAACACCCUUUACUGAACACGGCCAGGGGUUUUGUGUAUGACAGUAAGCAUAACCUGCAGAUGCGGGGGCUGGUUGUGUUAUUGAUGUCAAAAGCUGCCGGGCCGAGCAGCACAUCGUCUGACGUUCUUCUGCCGGACAUGGUCAGCGGCAUCUACCCCAGUCAGCGGAACCUGGCUGAGAUCACAGAGCUGAUCCACACAGCGUUCCUGGUGCAUCGUGGGAUUGUGAACCUGAAGGAAUGGACCUAUUCAGACGGGCCCCUCAAGGACCUGCAAUUUGGGAACAAAAUGGCCAUCCUAAGUGGAGACUUCCUGUUAGCGAAUGCCUGCACGGGAUUGGCUCAGCUCAACAACACCAAGGUGGUGGAGCUGAUCUCCAGCGCCAUUGGAGAUUUGGUGCAGGGUGUCUACCAUGAGAGCUCCAUCUCCACAGAGGAAGGAAAUCUGUCUCUUGCGUCGUGGGAGGACCAGACGUUUCUUUCCCAUGGUGCACUGCUUGCGAAAAGCUGCCAGGCAGCGAUGGAGCUGGCCAGGCAUGAUGCUGAGGCCCAGUUGCUGGCGUACCGAUACGGGAAACACCUCGCCCUCGGACACAAGCUGAACUCUGACCUGCAGCCGUUUCAGAAGAGCGGUUCUGACUCGGCUGUGUUCAGUCUGGACUCUGCUCCCGUGGUGUUUCACAGACUGAUCGUCGGCCACGAGCGAUGGCUCCACCAGUUACAGCAGACCCAGAACAUUGCAAAACAGACUGGUUACUCAAAGCUUCGGCGCCUGAUCAAGACGGAGAGCGGUGUGAGUCAAGCGGCCGACCUCUGCACAUACCACGGCACUAAAGCUCUAGAAGCCAUCCGCCGCUUCCCAGCGUCCGAGGCCCGGUCAGCUCUGGAGAACAUCGCCAGCGCCGUCAUGAAGUUUUGAAGCUUCCUCCAGUGCUCAGAACAUGGACGAUUUUACUGUUUCCUGCCAGCUGCUCAUUAUGUUUCAAAAUGCAGUUCUGCUGGUGUUUCAGAGCUCAGAGGGUCAGUCAAAAUGUCUGCUGUACAUUUAAAGGCCCACACAUUAAAGAACAUUUAAUGUUCAUGCUUUUUUACAAUAUUAUAAUAUGUACUGUUCGAACACUGAUCCAUAUGAUCCAUAUUUGGAGAAUUAAAUGUUUAAACAGACAGUUA